GUCCGGGUUCCGGGAGAGCCAGCGUCGGGGGGAGCUGCCGUCCGAACGAACUCCGUGUCCGGGACUCUGGUGCCAGGGACUUCCUUUCAGUUUCUGGCAGUGUGGUUGGCCUUUGCACCGAGAAGAGUUGAACCGCUCUACCCAUGAGCUACCCAGGCUACCCGCCACCUCCCGGUGGCUACCCUCCAGCUGCACCAGGUGGUGGUCCCUGGGGAGGUGCUGGCUACCCUCCUCCCAGCAUGCCCCCUAUCGGGCUGGAUAACGUGACCAACUAUGCAGGGCAGUUCAACCAGGACUACCUCUCAGGCAUGGCAGGCAACAUGUCUGGGACAUUUGGAGGAGCCAACAUGCCAAACCUGUAUCCUGGGGCUCCCGGGGGUAGCUAUCCUCCAGUUCCCCCCGGUAGCUUUGGGCAGCCCCCUCCUGCCCAGCAGCCUGUCCCUCCUUAUGGCAUGUAUCCACCACCAGGGGGAAACCCACCUCCCGGGGUGUCCUCAUAUCCAGCAUACCCAGGGGCCCCUGUGCCGGGCCAGUCCAUGCCACCCCCUGGGCAACAGCCUCCAGGGGCCUAUCCUGGACAACCUCCAAUGACCUAUCCUGGACCAUCACCAAUGCCAACCCCUGGGCAGCAGCCAGUGCCAAGUUACCCAGGAUACUCAGGAUCCAGUACCGUCACCCCUGCUGUGCCUCCAGCUCAGUUUAGAAACCGAGGAACCAUCACAGAUGCUUCUGGGUUUGACCCCUUGAGAGAUGCUGAAGUUCUGCGGAAGGCUAUGAAGGGCUUUGGCACCGAUGAGCAGGCCAUCAUUGACUGCCUAGGGAGCCGUUCCAACAAGCAGCGGCAGCAGAUUCUCCUGUCCUUCAAGACAGCCUAUGGCAAGGAUCUGAUCAAAGACCUAAAAUCAGAACUGUCGGGGAACUUUGAGAAGACUAUCCUGGCCCUGAUGAAGACCCCGGUCCUGUUUGAUGUCUAUGAGAUAAAGGAAGCCAUCAAGGGAGCUGGUACUGAUGAGGCCUGUCUAAUUGAGAUCCUCGCUUCCCGAAAUAAUGAACACAUCCAGGAAAUAAGCAGAGCCUACAAAACAGAGUUCAAAAAGACUCUGGAGGAGGCUAUUCGAAGUGACACAUCAGGACACUUCCAGCGGCUCCUCAUCUCUCUCUCUCAGGGAAACCGUGAUGAGAGUACAAAUGUGGACAUGUCCCUUGUCCAGAGAGAUGCCCAGGAGCUGUAUGCAGCUGGGGAGAACCGCUUAGGAACAGAUGAGUCCAAGUUCAACGCCAUUCUGUGCUCCCGGAGCCGGGCCCACCUGGUGGCAGUUUUCAACGAGUAUCAAAGGAUGACUGGCCGAGACAUUGAGAAGAGCAUUUGCCGGGAGAUGUCUGGGGACCUGGAGCAGGGCAUGCUGGCUGUGGUGAAAUGCCUGAAGAACACCCCCGCCUUCUUUGCUGAAAGGCUCAACAAGGCCAUGAGGGGAGCAGGAACAAAAGACCGGACGCUGAUUCGCAUCAUGGUGUCUCGCAGCGAGCUUGACCUCCUGGAUAUACGAGCAGAGUAUAAGCGGAUGUACGGCAAGUCACUGUACCAUGACAUCACGGGGGACACUUCUGGGGACUACCGGAAGAUUCUGCUGAAGAUCUGUGGUGGCAACGACUGAGCAGAGACAGUUCCUCACCUCUGCCCCUGCUGCCAUUGUCCAGGAAGACCCAAAGAGCAUCCUUUGGUUUUUCCUAAUCCAUCCAAUAUCCCCAGGCACACCAUUUCUUCCCUAAAGCCAUGGCCUUUCCCUUCUGGUCCCUCCUCAUCCUCAUGUUGUGCCGAAAGGGCCCAGGUGGGCCAGGGUUCUCAGGCCGCCAUUUCCCAGGCCCUCACAGCCUUUUGCUGUUCAGAAUAGAUGUUUUUCUCUCCUAGCUCCUGCAAUCAUUCCUCAUUGCUUGUGGCUAAGACUGUUAGCUGUGUCAUAGACAUGUGAUUUUAUAUUUUUAUUUGAAAACUUUUUUACCAUCAUUGCCAGAGAGAUGCAUACAAGCGUAUUUACUAUAUACAUGUUUCUAAGGAGAGUGGGCGGGUACCCUGUCCUUGCCUGUGAUAAACGGGAGGUCUUGUAAGGGUACUGUCGCGUCUGGUGAGAAUUCAUCAUGAGUUUUGUUUUUGCCAAACUCACUUCUUUUUAGAAAAAGGCCAGAAAAUCAUUUGUUCCAUUUUCCAUGCAAAAUCAUGCAAGAAUUAAAGCCAGCCUCCUGCCAAUGACAGAGCUCCUUGUAGUUUGGAAUGUGCCUUAAACCUGAAUGUCUGUAGCCAAAAGCUGUUUCCAAAUUAAAGUCAGCCAGCUCUGGAACAUUCUGGAAAUGUC